AUGGACUAAUUAAAAUAAUUGUUUUUCGUAUCAUAGUUGUUUUUUCUGUGAUUAUAUCUUGUUAAUUGAAUAUUAAAUCUGUCAAUUAAUUACUUGUUGUUUAGUGUAUAUUAAAAUUUUAGAAAUUAAACGGUAAUUAAUAAUUAAUGUGCAAAAGUUGAUAUCGUAUAUUUUUAUAACAUGUACUAAACAAUUACCAAAAUGGAAAUAACUGAAGUAUUGCCGAUAAAAUCUUUGGAAGAAGCCAUAUCUUGGAAGCCGUUAUUUGAAUCUCCUCCAGUUAUACAUUUGCAGAAUCGGGCAAAUUAUUCCAUUUGUGGUGGUGAUUAUAAAUGUCAUGAGCGAUUUUUAACAUCUAAAAGGUUACACAAUCAAGGCCUUCCUAAAACACUUAUAUGUCAUGAUAUGCAAGGUGGUUAUAUAAAUGAUCGAUUUGUGAAUGGGACUAAAACUAGUAAUGAAUACACAUUUUACAAUUGGUCUAUAGUAGAUACUUUUGUUUAUUUUAGUCAUCAUUUUAUUACUAUACCACCAAUUGGAUGGAUAAAUGCUGCACAUAAACAUGGUGUUAAAGUUCUUGGGACAAUAAUUACAGAAUGGAAUGAUGGAAACGCUUUGUGGUUGCAAAUCUUUAGUAAUUUAGAAAAACGUGAUCAUUUAAUUGAUAAACUAGUAGAAAUUUGUAAAUAUUUUAAAUUUGAUGGUUAUCUUUUUAAUAUUGAAAAUGAAUUGGAAUUAGAAAACAUUGAAAAUAUGAUAGAAACUAUUAGUUUAUUAAGAACUAAAUUAAAAACUGUAAUAAUACAUUCUGAAGUUAUAUGGUAUGAUUCUUUAAGUAUGGAAACAGGAAAACUUAUUUGGCAGAACCAGCUAAACAAUCAUAAUAAAUUAGCAUUUCAAGCUUGUGAUGGUAUAUUUCUUAAUUAUAACUGGAAAGAAGAAGAUCUUGUAAAAUCUGUUACCAAUGCUGGAAGUAGAAUUAAUGAUGUUUAUGUUGGAGUAGAUGUAUUUGGUCGAAAUUGCAUAGGAGGUCUUGACUGUUAUAAGUCAUUAGAAAUUAUUAGAAAAUAUGACCUGUCUGUAGCUAUUUUUGCACCUGGUUGGACUCAUGAGACAUUAAUUGAUAAAAAUAAAUUUACUACGAUUGAAGAUACGUUUUGGAGAAAACUCUAUCCUUAUAUGUAUAUUCAUAUUCCUUCUGCUCUACCAUUUUCUACUUACUUUUGUAGAGGUUAUGGUUCUAAAAAUCACAGCAAUUUUGGUUUGUCUUCUUUGGAUUCAUGGUAUAAUUUAUCAAAAAUUAAUUUUCAACCAUCUGUUCCAUUAUGUCUAUCUGAUGGUAAUUUCCAUUGUAUUUCUCAUGUUGAUGGAGAAGCAAUUACAGGUGGUGGUUGCUUAAGAUUAAAUGGUAACAACGAAAACACAACUUACCAUAGAAUAUUUGUUUGUCAUUUUGAAAUUAAAUCAACUUUGUAUUUUGAAAUAACAGUUAAAGUAUUAAAGCCUUAUGAUUCUCACAAAAUAUUUUUGGGUGCAAUAGAUCCGUAUGGAAUGCCAUAUAAAAUGGAGUUUGGUGUUGAAGGUGAUAAUAAUAUAUUUUUUAAUAAUUGUGAUGACUAUAGCUGUAUUAUUCCCAACUCCAAAAUUUAUAACUUAACACUAGAAAAUGGUUGGUUAUUGCAUAAAUUAAAAUGUGAAAUGGUUGGAAUAAUUGUGGAAGUUGCUAUUGAAACUGAAGAACCUCUACUUAUUGGACAUUUGUUUAUUAAUGAUGGCAAUAGUUUUUAACUACAAAUAAUAUUCAUUCUUUUGUUUUAAAUUUGUAU